GUUAAUAAUGGCAAGAGGAAAGCAUUACCGCAAAAAGCAUAGAUUAAUGAGGAUGCUCGGUUAUCUGCACAUUCCAGUGCUACCACAUGGAUCCGCUGAUGGAAUACUAAUUUUUGUAGUUGUUAGUUUGAUUUUAAUAGUGUUCAUCUUGUACGUUGUUUUCUAUUUUCUCUGAAUUUGUGGUUUACUUACCAGUAGUUUUUUCUAAGUACUUUCUUUCUCGGGUUUAUUUUCAACUUCAUUUCUUGUUAGUUUGAUUUUACUAGUGUUCAGUUCGUCCUCUACGUUUUCUUUCCAUUUUCAUCCUCUGUUUCAACUUCAUUUUCUCUUUUCUUUCCAUUUUCUUGGUUCUAGUUUCCAUUUCUUGGUUCUAGUUUCAUUUUCUUGGUUCUAGUUUCAUUUUCUGGGUGUUUCGACAAGUUGUGCCAUGGCAAAACGGUUUUCAUCAUGUGAACUGGAUGUUCAGAGUUUCUUUUUGUUGAUUGAUGGUGAUGUCGUCAUUGUCACGGAUCAUGUGUUGCGUGAAUUGUUGAGCCAACGUGGAGAAGUCAAUAUAGUGGUGAAUAAUACUCUUUUUCUUCAUGAACCGUUUCACCGUUUUGUUGGAGGAUCUGACAUGAUUACAGAUUUGAAAUACCCUUUGAAAGACAAUACCAUGCCCUUUUCGGCUGUUCUGACUGUUGCUAUAAUCUUACAUUUACUGGUCAUACUUGUCGUUUACUUCAUCAAAAGGGAUGUCUACGAUGUGAAUCAAGCUAUAUUAGGAUUGCUGCACUCUAUACUCAUCACCUCCGUUAUUAUUGAUGCUGUUGGUCGACCCUGUCUAGACUUCCUUUGGCGGUGUUUCCCUGAUGGAAAAGGGGUGUUUGAUCCAAUCACAAACGAUGUCAAAUGUACUGUCUUGAAAAGUGUUAUCAAAGGAGGACAUAAAAGUUUCCCAAACGGACAUAGUUCUAGUAGAAUGCCUGAUGUGCAUAUACAGAGGCUGGCAGAACAGCGAAGUGGUACACAAUCUUACUAUAAGGCAACCCGAAGUUGACAGUGUGUAUGCUCAAUCUCAACAUGGCAUUGCCGCAUCAGAACAUACAGUGCCCAUGAGACCGGACCAAUCUUUAAUGAAGACGUUGAAAUGGAAGAUGGAGGCAUUCAUUUUUUUAUUUUUUGAUGGAGGCAUUGACUUCAUAUUCCAUGCAUUUAAGUACUGUACUGCACUGCACUCUGUUAGUCAAGUUGUUGCAGACGUUCAAAAACACGAUUUUUUGAAGAUAGGUCUUGAUCGUUAGAAGACAUUAUCUCUUGAUCUCUCUCUUUUCUCAAGAACUCUAUUGUGGUGAAUUUGAAAUGCAAAGGGAUGAGAAA